CUUGGGGACAGCCACGUUCGUAGGGAAAGUGAUCCAGAGUCAGCAAAAUGCUCUGCCUUCAGCUCUUGUUGCCCUAGCCUCAAGUUGAGAAAAUGAACUGGGCUUCAUUCCAAGAACUUGUGAGUGGUGUGAACAAGUAUUCCACAGGUCUGGGGCGUGUGUGGCUCACGGUGGUCUUCAUCUUCCGUUUCCUUGUCUACACAGUGGCAGCUGAGCUUGUCUGGUCCGAUGACCAGCAGGACUUCAUGUGCAACACACGUCAGCCUGGCUGCACCAAUGUCUGCUAUAACCAGUCCUUUCCCAUCUCUCACAUACGUUUCUGGGCCUUCCAGCUUAUCCUGGUGACAUGCCCUUCUCUUUUCGUCCUCAUGCAUGUGGCCUAUCGGGAAACCAAGGAGCAGAAGUGCCUGGAAAGGGCAAGAGAACGCUUCCAUCCACAGUACCCCAACCCUGGGAAGAAGUGUGGAGGCCUGUGGUGGACCUACCUACUCAGCCUCCUCGCCAAGGCAACUGUAGAUCUCACCUUCCUCUACAUCUUCCACUGCCUAUAUCCCAACUUUGAUCUUCCAAAGGUGGUGAAGUGUGCUGUGGUUCCCUGUCCCAACGUGGUUGAUUGCUUCAUUGCUCGGCCUACAGAGAAGAAGCUCUUCACUUAUUUCAUGGUAGCCACUGCCAUGCUAUGUGUCAUUCUCAACCUCUGUGAGAUGGCCUACCUUGUAAGCAAGAGUUGCAAGAAGUCUGCAGCAUGCAAACCUGAGACAGAAGCUCACAUUUCAUUUCAAUAA